AACUAUUGGCGCUCUUUCUUGUUUACGGCAUUUCAUUUUCUGCUGAAAUUGGCUGUUUUUUGAACGUUAUUAACUGAGGAGUUAUUAUGGAUGCCUUUGAUCCACGCUCGAUUAUCAACGGCGGCAUGCUGAAGCAGUUUUCCGGCCAAACCGUGAGCAUAAUGGUUCGCGUGGAGAGCGUCGCGGGAUCCACUUUGCUGGCCAGUUCCACAGACAACCACAAGCUAAAGAUCAAUCUGCCGGGUGAGCUGGGCGCCGCCGAAGGGGCCUGGGUCGAGGUCAUUGGAGUGCCCCAUGGUGCGGACACCCUCAGGGCCAAGGAGGUCAUCGAGUUUGGCGGCGAGAACAUCGACUUCGAUAAGGAUGGCUAUAAUGGAUUGAGCCACCUGAUUAACAAUGUCAAGGCCUUCUAUCGCAGCGGCUAGGAUGUCCACAAUUAUAUCUAAGAAUUAAUAUUAUGUACUCUAAUGUUAUUUUUUCCAUUUUUUUGGAGAACACUCAGAGCUGGCAUUAACUUUAAAUAUAAAUCAUCUAUCUACAUAUAUUACGAGUACAAUUUACGGGUGUUUUAACCAGUUCCACGUAUAUUCUACAACAAAUACUUAAUACCCACAAUUUAAUAACAUAAACAACACAUUCUUAAACGCUCUUGUGUAAUAACAUUUACUUCCAC